GUUCAAGUGAGGUCCAGAUUGUUUCUGUGACAGCCCCCCCUGUGUUUUGUGACCCGGAAACAGCUGUUGAGGAGGUAUGAAACUUCCAUUUCUUCAAAAUGAAAAUAAUAUCAAUGUUGAUAAUUAAGUCAGCUGUGCACAUUGUAACACAUAAUUUCUCUGUGUUUUUAAAGAUUUAGCAAAGGUCUAGUGGUAAAAUUGUGACAGUAUGUUGUGACUAGACUCUUAUUGAUGCUGAUGCUGGCACAUCUACUACUAUUUAAUUAAAUUACUUGUCAUUAAAUCCUUAAUUGUGUACAUAUGAUUAGUGAGGAUAAAUUCAGUUUGGUAUAAAAGCACAAAUAAUGUAAAAUUUUAGGCCAGCCUGGGGUGCUAUGGCAAUGGUUAUAUACUUAAUAAGAUAAUCCAUUGUAUUAUGCUGUUCUAUAUUCCUAUUAACCUUUUCUAUCUCCAUCAGAAGGUUCUGUGUCCUAUAUGUUUCAUAGAAUUCACACCACAGUUUCUCGAGGUCCAUGCUAGCUCUUGUGGAGAAAGGUAUCUAGUGUACUUUUGUGCAAUUUUAAAGUACGUUCCCUAAAGUGCUUGUUUUUUCUGUUAGUAGUAGUGCACGCAUCUCUUCUAAUUUUGUAGAGAAAAAGAUGACCUUAUGAUGGCUGAGAGAAGUGACAUGAGCCAGGACAAUGAAGGAGAGCAGAUCAAAAGUGUUGAUGACAUUUUGGACACCAUUUCUCGAAGAGUUGACCAUGAAAAGCAGUUCCACAUACAAAUCUCAAGAACAAACAUUCUGGAGAGAGGACUUCUGCAGUGGCAACGGCAAAAAAAAAAUCUGCCGACUGCUGCUCUUAAAGUGACUUUUUUUGGGGAGGCAGGAGUGGACACGGGUGCUCUUAGAAAAGAAUUUCUCACAGAAAUGGUGGCAGGAAUUGAGGAUCGUUUCUUUGAGGGAACACAAAAUAAGAAGAGCCCACGAUACUCUCUGACCGACUUUGACAAUGGCAUGUACAGGACAGUUGGUGAAAUUUUGGCUGUUAGUUUGGCACAAGGUGGCCCGGCCCCUACCUUUUUCAGCCCGUGGAGUUACUAUUACCUUUGUAAUGGGCAGAUAAACCCGACGACCCUCAACAGUGAUGCAGUUGCAGAUGUUCACUUGCGAGGGCUAAUUGACCAGGUGGAGAAGUCGACUGAGCAUUCAAUUGAAGACCUAUCUGAUGAAAUCUUAAACUGUGGAUAUACAGGCACCAUCUCCAUUCAAAACAAGGAGUUAAUCAUUCGUGCCGUUAUACUCCACGCAGUGCUGAGGUUGCAGCCUAUGCUAGUAAAAGUAAAGGUCAGUGCAGAGUUUGUCAUGGCAUCCAUUUGUCCUCAACUUAGUGAUAAAGGGAGUACGAGACAUCAGAUUGAGCUGGAGCUUAUCAACUUUCUUCAAGACUUCCUUUAUGAAGCUGAAGUUGAAGAUCAGGGGCAUGGAGAGGAAAAAGAGGGACCACACUCCAUUACACCUGCCAGGUUUGCAGUGGGUUACAGGUCAAGGUCACAUCCCCCUUCUUCCUUCAGAGAAGGACUUUGCUGUAACUGUCAAAUUUAACCAUGACUGCAAUGCAGACUUUGGAAUUCAUAACAUCUGUUACCCUGUUGUGUCAGCAUGUGCCAAAAGAAUUGUGCUACCUGUUAGACACAUUAAGUCCUAUGACCAAUUCAAAAGCAUUCUACUGGAGGCUUUUUAUCUAGGCCAAGAAUUUAACAUUGUGUAAUCAAAUUAGGGCUGGGCAAUAUGGCCCCAAAAUAAUAUCACGAUAUUUCAUUGUAUUUUUGUGAUAACGAUACUCUUGGUGAUAUGACAAAACAUUGAAUUAAACAAAAUAUAUAUUUCAAGAAUACAGUACUGCAACAAAAUGAAUAUAUUCGGAAACAAAAUUAUCCAGAAUGUCUAGUUACCAAUAAUGCACUCCAUAUAUCCAGGAUUGAAGUAAAAAUUUUUACUGGACAGAUAUAAUCUGACUCUAGUAGAUAUAGAAUGGGAAAUGAGGACAGUGUGAAUUUUACUUUUGAUACAAACAGUAAAAAAAGUAGUUCCCUGGAU